UUGCAGCAUUCACUAUGCUGGUGUUGAAAUUGUUGCAGGCACUGGUUAGAGGAAACUGCGGUGCAGUGGCAAAUUCAGUUGCCCCUUUUUGAAAAUAAUAAUAAUAAUAAUAAUAAUAAUAAUAAUAAUAAGCUUUCCAGUGCCUUCAACUUCUUAAGGGGAUGGAAAAGAAAAAAGAGGGGCCUUUGAGAAAAAGCCAGUCUUCACUGGCAACUUCUCAGCAUAAAAAUAUUACUCUGGUGCAUUUUUCUAAGGAUCAGUCUUCUGAUACGCUAUUCAGGUUGGAACGUGGUGAAUAUGGCAAAUCGGUAGCGCUUGUGAAAACAAAUGGUGUGUCUCAGAAAGAGAAGGAUGUUUCUUGCAGUGUCUUGCCAGGAGUACCGGACAGCAGUGACAGACAGGCUGUACCAGGAUCAGCAAUGAAGCACCAGUUUGCCUUUGACAACGUUAACUUUGAGAAUGACUUGGAGCAUUCACAUGCUUUUCCUCCUCAAGUGAGCACUCUUACCGUUGAUAUCUUGGGUAUCACUUGCCAAGCCUGCGUACAAUCCAUAGAGAGCAGAAUUUCCAAGGUGAAAGGAAUUGUUGACAUUAAGGUGUCCCUUGAGCAAGGAAAUGCUGCUAUAAAAUACUUGGGGCUGGAAAUAAGUCCCCAUCAGAUCUGCCAGGAAAUCAACGACAUGGGAUUUGAUGCCAGUAUUGUAGAUGCAACACAGUGUUCAGGAGAAGGGACUAAAGAAGAUUUGGUUAUGAUGAAAAUAGAAGGUAUGACCUGUCAGUCCUGUGUUAACACCAUUGAAGAAAAGAUUGGGAAACUCCAUGGUGUGAAGAAAGUCAAAGUGGCUCUCAGCAGCCAGGAAGCCACCAUCACCUAUUAUCCACUUGUAAUCAACCCUGAAGAAUUAAAGGAUAACAUAAAUAGCUUGGGAUAUAAAAGCACUAUCAAGCAUAAGCAAACCUGCUUGAAACUUGACUUGAUUGAUGCAGAAUGCUUAAAGCAGACGGAUGUAAGAACGCCUGGUGGGCUUGAUGGUGUUAGAGAUAUAUCAGAAGACAAUGCAACCACUGCUUGUGUUGCAGUGCUGGGUGUGGAAGGGAUGCACUGCAAGUCCUGUGUCAACAUAAUUGAAAGUUCAAUCUCAGAUAUGCCAGGGGUGCAGUGUAUUAAGGUUUCCUUGGAACAGAAAAAUGCCACGGUUUGGUAUGACCAGAACCAUAUCACUCUGUCCACAUUGCAGCAAGCCAUCCAAGCUCUUCCCCCUGGUAACUUUAAAGUGUCUUUCUUUAGUGGCAUGGAAGACCAUAAUGGACUACUUAUCUUCAAUGCAGCAUCCCCUUAUCUGUCUAGCAGCCCUCCCCCAGCACAAAUGCAGAGUGAAUCAAGUACAACUGUUAUUAUGGUUGAUGGAAUGACAUGCAAUUCCUGUGUAAAAUCCAUUGAAAGCUCUAUAUCCCAAAGGAAAGGGGUGCUGCAUAUCUCUGUGUCUCUAACUGAAGGGACUGCAACGAUAGCCUACAAUCCAGUCAUAACCAACUCUGAAGAGCUGAGAGCUGCUAUAGAAGACAUGGGAUUUGAUGCCUCAGUCCUUUCAGAUGCCAUCAUCACCACUGGGAGAACUACUGAUGAAGGUCAAGAGCCCAGUGUGAUUGUCUCUACUGCCCUGAGUAACAAAGCUACUCCGAAGUUAUCACACAAAGAUUUCUGGUCACAGAAAAAUAAAUUGCCUGAUGAUUCUCCAAAACCAUCCAGUGCUGGAACAACUGAAAGAUGUUUUAUGCUGGUCACAGGGAUGACAUGUGCAUCAUGUGUAUCAAGCAUUGAGAAGAACCUGCAAAAAGAAGAUGGAAUAGUCUCUGUGCUUGUUGCCUUGAUGGCAGGGAAAGUAGAGGUAACAUAUAAACCAGACAGAAUUCAGCCUCUUGAAAUAAUCCAGUUGAUUGAGAACUUGGGUUUUGGAGCCUCAGUCAUAGACGAUUAUCCUGGCGCAGAUGGCAAUGUAGAUCUUACAAUCCUAGGAAUGACCUGUUCUUCGUGUGUUCAUAACAUCGAAUCCAAACUUGCCCAUACACCAGGCAUUCUGCAGGCUUCUGUAGUGCUGGCUACUUCCAAAGCUCAUGUUCGUUUUGACUCUGAAAUUGUUGGCCCUCGAGACAUUAUAAAAAUUAUUGAGGGAAUGGGGUUUCAAGCAUCUUUGGCUAAAAGAGAUCCAAAAGAUCAUAACCUGGACCACAAACAGGAGAUCCAACAAUGGAGGAAAUCGUUCUUGUGCAGCCUGGUAUUUGGUAUUCCUGUUUUGAUCUUAAUGAUUUACAUGUUAAUACCUGCUGCUGACCAUCAUGAAUCAAUGGUGCUGGAUCAAAAUCUAAUUCCUGGAUUAUCUAUUCUGAAUCUGCUUUUCUUUGUCCUUUGUACUUUGGUUCAGGUCUUUGGUGGAUGGUACUUCUAUGUCCAAGCCUACAAGUCACUGAAGCACAGGAUGGCCAAUAUGGAUGUUCUCAUUGUCCUGGCCACAUCUAUAGCUUACAUCUAUUCAUGUGUCAUUUUGCUGGUUGCCAUAGCUGAAAAAGCUGAGCGAAGUCCCAUCACCUUUUUUGACACCCCUCCAAUGCUCUUUGUAUUCAUAGCUCUUGGACGGUGGCUAGAACACAUAGCCAAGAGUAAAACAUCAGAGGCACUUGCCAAAUUAAUCUCUCUUCAAGCUACAGAAGCUGUCGUAGUGACACUUGGACCUGACAACUGCAUCAUUGGGGAAGAACAAGUGCCUGUUGAACUAGUUCAGCGGGGAGAUAUUGUAAAGGUAGUACCUGGUGGGAAAUUCCCCGUUGAUGGAAAAGUCAUUGAAGGCAGUUCUAUGGCUGACGAAUCCCUCAUCACAGGGGAAGCCAUGCCUGUAGUUAAGAAACCUGGCAGUACCGUAAUUGCAGGCUCUCUCAAUGCACACGGCUCGGUGCUUGUGAGUGCAACUCAUGUUGGCUCUGACACCACCCUGGCCCAAAUUGUGAAACUGGUAGAAGAAGCUCAGAUGUCAAAGGCACCCAUCCAGCAGUUGGCUGACAAAUUUAGUGGCUAUUUUGUCCCUUUUAUAGUAAUUAUUUCAACUGUAACUCUGAUAACCUGGAUUGGAAUUGGAUUUAUACACUUUGACAUUGUGCUGAAGUACUUUGCCCAUCACAGUAAACACAUCCCAAAAGCAGAAGUUGUCCUCCGAUUUGCUUUUCAGACCUCCAUCACAGUGCUGUGCAUUGCAUGCCCUUGUUCCUUGGGUUUGGCCACCCCAACGGCUGUCAUGGUGGGCACUGGAGUUGCUGCACAGAAUGGUAUUCUCAUCAAAGGUGGGAAACCCCUGGAAAUGGCCCAUAAGAUAAAGACAGUGAUGUUUGAUAAAACUGGGACUAUCACCUAUGGAGUUCCAAAAGUCAUGCGAGUCCUCUUGCUUGGAAAUGCAGGAGCCUCUCUCUCUCUGAAAAAAGUACUUGCAGUUGUUGGCACUGCAGAAGCCAGCAGCGAACAUCCUCUAGGAAUGGCUAUCACUAAAUACUGCAAAGAGGAGCUUGGCACAGAGAUCCUAGGGUACUGCAAAGAUUUUCAUGCAGUUCCUGGAUGUGGAAUAAGCUGUAAUGUCAGCAGCAUUGAAAUUGUGCUGGGUAAAUCUGAGCAGCACUUUGGUGAGUCUGAAAGAAGUGUGAUGCAGCAGAGUUUACAGCCUCUGAUCUCAGACUUGAGAGAUGCAGACAUCUCUCAGACUUAUUCGGUGUUGAUAGGAAAUCGGGAAUGGAUGAGACGGAAUGGCUUGCUCAUCUCCAGUGAUGUCCAUGAAGCAAUGACGAGCCAUGAAAUGAAAGGACACACAGCUGUUUUGGUGGCUAUAGAUGGUACACUUUGUAGCAUGAUUGCAAUAGCAGACACAGUCAAACCAGAGGCAGCUCUAGCAAUGCACAUAUUGCAGAAUAUGGGAGUGGAUGUAGUGCUUAUUACAGGGGACAACAGAAAAACAGCCAAAGCGAUUGCAACUCAGGUUGGGAUCAGAAAAGUAUUUGCUGAGGUUCUUCCAUCUCACAAAGUAGCCAAAGUCCAAGAACUCCAAACAGCAGGGAAGAGAGUUGCCAUGGUUGGAGAUGGGAUCGAUGACUCCCCAGCGUUGGCCAGGGCUGAUGUUGGCAUUGCUAUUGGGACAGGCACAGAUGUUGCCAUAGAAGCAGCAGAUGUUGUUCUCAUUCGUAAUGAUUUACUAGAUGUGGUUGCAAGUAUCCAUCUUUCCAAGAGGACUGUAAAAAGAAUACGGAUAAAUCUCAUCUUGGCCUUAAUAUACAAUCUCCUUGGCAUACCGAUAGCAGCAGGAGUAUUUAUGCCCAUUGGAAUUGUGUUACAACCAUGGAUGGGGUCAGCAGCCAUGGCAGCCUCCUCAGUAUCAGUAUUGCUCUCUUCCCUGCAGCUCAAAUUCUAUAAAAAGCCCGAUAUGGAAAGAUAUGAAGCACAAGCUCAUGGGCGCAUGAAGCCACUGACUCCUUCCCAAGUUAGUGUCCAUAUUGGAAUGGAUGACAGGAGACGAGACCAUCCCAAGGCAGACUCUUGGGAUGAUAUCAGUCAAGUCUCCCUUUGCUCGUUGUCUUCAGACAGACUGUCAAGGCACAUGAGGAAUUCUCUAAGGAACGAAGCAGACAAUUGGUCACUGCUCACAAACAGCCAAGAUGAAGAUCAGUAUAUUUAAGGAUGCCAUGCUCUGCAGCUGAUCUACAAUGAUGAGAGACAGGACUACCUUACUUUGUGGCUGUUUCUCCACAACAGACUUGGAGGUUUUAUACUCAGCUUUAAGAACACAUGUUCUGAGUAUGUGUGUUUUGUGCGAUCUGAUUAAAACAGAGGAAGCUGUCUUGAAGUAAUCCAAACAUCUGAGCUGCUUCUUAGGUCUCUGUAUAAUGACAUGUCGUAUUCAAGGUGGAGACAUCAAAGAUGGCAGGCUGAACCUCAAUCUGUGUACCAAAUGCUUUCCAAAGAUACUAAUAUGGAUUAAUUUUUAAGAGAGGAAACCUUGUGAACAGAAGGUGCUGCAGGUUUACUGAGAGAAGUCCGAUGUUUGCUGGUUUGUGUUAUAACAACUUGAACUGCUUAUAGGCAUAGGGACAAAGUGUAUGUUUGAGAUGACUAAUCAGGAUGUUUCUUCUUAAUAGCACAGAUAGUAUAACAUGAAACAGAAAUGAAUGGUUGCAAGGGCAAGGACCUUCUUCCUUAACUGAGAAUGUGACUGUUUUAGAAAUUAAUUUUUUUCUACAACUAUAUAAAAUAGGUUUAAAUUGCUUAAACAUGCUACUUCUGUUUUGUACAAGGGCAAAUAAAGGUGCUAAUACAGAA